AUGACUGUGCAUGCAGUCAAGCAGCUGUGGCUUCGGGUUACAUACGUCAAUUCUGUGGCCUUAAUCGCUUCUUCGGCAUCUGAUCUGUGGUCUCAACAUAAUCACACAGCUACAUUCAGAGGGUUGAUAGGAAAAACAGCGGUAAAUAGCAGCAUUAGCACUAACGCAGGAGAGUUAGUUUCGCUGUGGUCUUCAAUGCCAAAUCCCAGGCUUGAUGUAGAUGAUUUGAGUUCAAAACCAAGGGUGACUCCAAUAAGCUCAAAUCAUCCCAAGACUCCUUCUACAUCAAACCGAGAUAAUAUGUCACCUACCUCACUUCGAUUUUGGAAUCGAACUCCAACUCAUCCGACGAUUGAGAUCACUCGAUUAACUUCACCUACACCUAAUGAAAGAAUCACUUUGGUUAGAAGACCAAAUACAGCUGGUACAAUGGAGAGUGAGGCGAAGACUGUUGUAGAUGCCGAAGUUGGAUGGGAAAAGGAGAAGGUUGAAGAUGUAUUCGAACCGGAUGAAGAGAAUCAAUAUCGAGCACUUUUAAAUCGAUUGGAUAUUCGGAUUUUACCAUUAACCGCUUUACUAUAUUUAUCCGCUUACCUGAAUCGUGGAAAUCUUGGAAACGCACUCUUAUACCAUUUACGAGAUGAUGCGUUGGGAAACAGAGACCUCCAUUAUUCGCUCGUACUUUGCAGUUUCUUCUUCACUUAUAUUAUCUUUUCCAUACCCGGAACAUUACUUUCUAAAGUAAUCCUACCUAGUACAUCUAUGUCAAUAGGCGUAUUGAUUUGGAGCCUUGCAUCAAGCUCUAUGGCUGCUUGUCAUACUUAUUGGCAAUUGAUGAUUUGUCGAGCUUUCAUUGGUGUGGGAGAAGCAUUAUUUGGGCAAAGUGUAGUGCUCUACUAUUCUUUAUGGUUUCGAAGAGGUGAAAUGUCUAAGAGGAUGGCCUUGUUCAUUGGUUCUGCAGUGGUAGCUGGAGCUUUUGGCGGCCUUAUCGCUUACGGUGUCGGUCAUAUAGAAACUCCCAUGUCGAACUGGAGAAUUCUUUUUUUGGCUGAAGGAGGUCCGAGUAUACUCCUCGCAUUUCUGUGCUUUCGAUACCUACCAUCACGUCCCGAUCGAUCAUCCUAUCUCAAUCCAAAACAAACACAUUUACUUCAAACUCGGAUCAACGAAGAAAGUGCAACGACUGGAGUAGUGGAGAACGGUAUUGAUUGGUCAGGCGUAGCCGAUGCUUUCAAGGACCCGAGAGUUUACGCUUCUUCACUCAUUUAUAGUUGCAUGAACCUCAAUCUUGCUAGUGUCAGCGGAUUCUUACCUCGAAUUGUGGCAUCGCUAGGGUUUUCAGAUGUUCAAGCUCAGUUAUUAACUGUACCACCUUACGCAAUCGCUUUCGCAGUGAUGUUGCCUACGGCAAUCGCCUCAGAUCAUUAUGGAGUACGAGGACCAUUCGUAGUUUUUGUAUUUGCUUGCUCUAGUGUAGGAUGGGCACUUUUGUUACUCACUCAUGAUCAUCAGAUAGGCGUGAAAUACGCAGCGACAAUUUUCAUUGUCAUCGGGGGCUACUGCGCAGUACCUUUAAUGCUCUCGUGGGUUGCCAACAAUUGUAGCUCUCAAAGCAAAAGAGCCACAUCUUUAGGAAUGUUAAACAGUUUUGGACAAGCACUGAGUGUUGUAGCUGCAUUUCUUUUCCCUGAUCGUACUGGACCUGCUUGGACACUCGGAUGUGCGAUCAAUCUCGGCGCAGGACUCACAGCUGGUACAGUUGCUGGUUUACUAUCGCUUUAUUAUGCUCAUCAACGUAGAACUCCAUCAGGGUUCGGGUAUAUUGCUUGA